AUGGUCAAGAAAAAGCGAAAGGUUGACGAAGCAUUCGAAGCUGACUAUGAUUAUGUCUAUGGUAUAGUCAGUACCGGAACAGACUGGUACUUUAUCCUUCACACUACCGACGCUAUCUAUUGUACGAGUAAAACAGAAUACCACAUCUCGCUCACAGAAGCCGUCCUCGAAGAUGAUACCGAGUUGCGAAAAAGUGUUAAGAGGAUUUUAGAGGUAAUAGUUGGAUUAUUAAAAGAUAGGGUGUCUGCUAGUGAUGAACCAGCGAUUAAGAAGAGGCGUGUGCAAGAGAAAAUCAGCAAAGCUAGCAUAGCCAAAAAUUGA